AUGUCUGUACAGUCAGUGAGCAGCAACUCUGCCUUUCAGGCGCGAUCACUCUUCCGGUCUCUCCUCCGUCAGGCAAACCAAUUCUCCGCUUACAACUUCCGAGAGUACGCACGAAGACGCACCAUCGAUGCGUUCAGAGAGCACCAGCAUGAGACCGAGGAGCGGAAGAUACAAGAGUUGAUGCAGAAGGGGUUGGCCAAUCUGCAGAUGAUGAAGAGACAAACAGUGAUAAGUCAGUUCUACCAGCUCGACAGGCUAGUUGUAGAAGGACAGAAGACGGGCAAAGAAACCGGAGAUCACGGCAGCAUAGUCAGACAGAAUGACUCUGGGUCAAACUAG